AUGAGCAAUAACUCAUUAAUGUUAGGUCACUUUAUCCCAUCAUCUCUACUUCCCGAAUCAACAGCUCUUCGACGCAUAACCAGUACUAGUAGUGAUUCAGGAGAUAGUGGUGUUGAUUCAUCAUAUCGACAGGAACGAAAAAUAUUUGUUGGUGGCAUUCCAUCAUCACUUGGACCAGAAGAAUUAGCCCAUUUUUUUCAGUCUUAUGGACAAGUUGAAGAAGCUUUUAUUAUCUAUGAUCGAUAUAGUGGUCGACAUAGAGGAUUUGGUUUUGUAACAUUUGUUGAUAUGGCAACAACGAAAGCUGUUUGUUCUACAAGAGUUUUUGAUGUCCAUGGACGAAAGAUUGAAUGUAAAAGAGCAUUGAAACGUGAAGAAAUUUUGGCAAAGAAUGAACAUGAUUCUAAUGAUUACAAAUCAUUUCGUCCAAAUAAUAAUUGCUUGUCUUCAUCAACAACAGGACCAGUACAAAUACAAUCGAAUUCUAUGCCAGCAAACGUUCCAUUAUGUUCAACAUCAAUUCCAAUACCAUACGAACAAUAUCGUCAAUUACCACCAGCAAUAAUCAAUACGCUUGGUGGCUGGAUUGUUAAUCCAUCAAUUCAGACAAUACCACAAAUGUUCCAUCCUAUGUUUAAUCCUCAUCAGCAAUAUGCUGUAUUUCCAUUGUCAACAAUGAUGUGGAAUAAUCCUUAUCAACAAGCAACAAUGCAAUCACCGUUUCUUCAAGAAAUAAUGGUUCCAUCAUCGUCAUCACCAUCGACAGUGAUUACUUUACAAUAA